UUAUAUUUAAACCUUCCGAACACUGACUACAGACUAGCGGGUGGCAGUAUGGCGUCCUCUUAUUAUCAUGAAAUGCACGAGAAUUUCAAAAACAACAGCAAAAGUCGUGAGUUCCCGGCACACAGUGCGAAAGUUCACUCUGUCGCUUGGAGCUGUGAUGGAAAAAGACUGGCUUCGGGUUCAUUCGACAAAACAGCUAGUGUUUUUGUCCUGGAAAAAGACCGCCUGGUGAAGGAGAAUAAUUACAGAGGACAUGGAGACAGUGUCGAUCAGUUGUGUUGGCACCCAACUAACCCAGAUCUGUUUGUUACUGCGUCAGGAGACAAAACCAUCCGGAUCUGGGACGUCCGGACUACUAAGUGUAUGGCUACGGUCAGCACAAAAGGAGAGAACAUCAACAUAUGUUGGAGUCCUGACGGCCAGACCAUUGCUGUUGGGAAUAAGGAUGAUGUGGUGACUUUCAUUGAUGCAAAGACUCACCGUCCACGUGCUGAAGAGCAAUUCAAGUUUGAGGUCAAUGAGAUUUCCUGGAACAAUGACAAUGAUAUGUUCUUUUUGACAAACGGCAAUGGCUGCAUCAAUAUUUUAAGCUAUCCUGAACUGAAGCUGAUCCAGUCAAUUAAUGCCCAUCCAUCCAACUGUAUAUGCAUCAAAUUUGAUCCCACUGGCAAAUAUUUUGCUACCGGAAGUGCAGAUGCUCUGGUUAGUCUGUGGAAUGUUGAGGAGCUGGUGUGUGUUCGGUGUUUUUCCAGGUUAGACUGGCCAGUGAGAACCCUUAGUUUUAGUCACGAUGGCAAAAUGCUGGCAUCCGCCUCUGAAGAUCAUUUUAUUGACAUUGCAGAAGUGGAGACAGGAGAGAAGCUUUGGGAAGUGCAGUGCGAGUCUCCAACCUUCACUGUAGCCUGGCACCCGAAACGGCCACUCCUGGCGUAUGCCUGUGAUGAUAAAGAGGGCAAAUAUGACAGCAAUCGGGAGGCAGGGACUGUGAAACUCUUCGGCCUUCCUAAUGACUCUUAAAGAGUGAAAUUAAAACUCAGACAUGACUUUGUACCUCUUAAAACAUCUACUGUUACCUUGCUUGUUUUUACAUGCCUUUACUCUAGCAAGAGGAGGAACCAAUCCUUGUUCAAUUACAGGCACUAUUUCCUAAAAUAUCGUAUUUUGGUAAUCACAGGUGCUUUUACUUCUAGUGCUUGUAAGAAGCUGUAGUAUAUCUGACAGCUUAUUUGAAAGUCUGUAAAUAUGAAAUCUUCUGGUUUAUGCACAAACUGAUAUUGUCAGUAGUGUAAUUUAUUUUUUAAGCCUGUUUGAGUAUUUUGUCAUAUUUUCACCAAUAUUUGUGAAAUGUCUUGCAGAUUAUAGUUUACUGCUCAUCAUUUCAUCAUUUUGGAAAAUAGACACUAGAUGGCAUCACGGCCAUUUCCACUGUAGUGCAGACUUGCUGUACUUUGUCUCUCUGCAGACAUUCUACUGUUUUUUUUUUGUAUUGUGUUUUAUUAAAUCUUUAUCAUUUUUUUUUA